AUGAAUCUUCACUUUUGGGCACUUCUAUGUCUUUCCUGGAUAGCCGAUCAAUGUGUGUAUGCGGGACGGGACUUCUACAAAAUUUUGGACGUGUCCAAAGGAGCAACGGAACAUCAAAUUAAGAAAGCCUAUCGGAAAUUAGCAAAGGAAUGGCAUCCAGAUCGGCACCCAGAUGACGCUGAAGCGCACGAGCGCUUCCAGGAUCUGGCUGCUGCUUAUGAGGUGUUGUCAGACAAAGACAAACGAAAAGUCUAUGAUCGCUCGGGUGAAGAAGGUGUGCAAAAAAUGGGCGGUGGAGGACAUGGAGGACAUGAUCCGUUUUCUUCGUUCUUUGGUGAUUUCUUCGGUGGUGGUGGACAUGAUGGAGAACAAGAAACACCAAAGGGUGCUGAUGUUGUGUUGGAUUUGUUUGUUUCGAUGGAAGAGGUCUACAACGGACACUUUGUCACGAUUAAACGAAAGAAAGCUGUCUACAAACAAACAUCAGGUACUCGUGAAUGCAAUUGCCGCCAUGAAAUGCGAACAGAACAAAUGGGAAUGGGCCGUUUCCAGAUGUAUCAAGUGAAAGUUUGCGAUCAGUGUCCGAACGUUAAAUUGAUUCAAGAAACAAAAACACUCGAGGUCGAAGUCGAGAUUGGUGCGGAUGAUGGACAUGAACAGGUAUUUGUCGGGGAGGGUGAACCACAUAUCGAAGGAGAGCCGGGUGAUCUCCGUUUCAGAAUAAACAUUCAAAAGCACUCAAGAUUUGAGCGGAAAGGAAUGGAUCUUUACACAAACGUCACAAUCUCUUUACAAGAUGCCCUUAAUGGUUUUGAACUUGACAUUGUUCACCUCGAUGGGCACAAAGUGAAAAUCGAGCGCGAAAAGAUUACUUGGCCUGGGGCUCGCAUUCGCAAGAAGGACGAAGGAAUGCCUUCACUUACCGACAACAAUCAGAAGGGAACGUUAUACAUCACUUUUGAUGUCGAAUUCCCGAAAGGAGAAAUGACGGCCGAGCAAAAAGCAAAGUUUGCCGAGAUUCUCCAACAAAGCUCGAAACCCAAAGUUUACAAUGGUUUACAGGGAUAU